CAGGGACUGGUAUGGACAUGGGCCUCACGUCUGCAUUCACCCCAAGCGGCAGUAUUGGCGGCGGAACGAGGAUUGAGAAAGCGAGGGGGGAGUUGAAAGCUAUUCUGAGCAGUUUCGCAAUUCAGAACUGGGGCCUCUUUGGUAGGCAAUAGAUGCAUCCGGGUGGAUUCUCUCUCCACCCUACCAGACCCGUCAAAGUGCAAAUGUCCGCCGCAAUCUCUGCUCUAGCAGCAAAAGAUGGCCUCGAUAUCAAGCGCGGCAUCGUCGCAGAUGAGAAAGAUGCGAAGGGAAGAAGAUUGGGCCAAAGAUGGCAGAGAUGCCUUCAAGGGCGCAGAAAAGGAGGAUGAGAGGUUGGGCAGGAGUGGGAGUGGGUUGGGCUCAUUGAGCCAGAAGGAUAUGAAUGAGAUGAUUAGGUUGCAUACGAAGGGGAGCGGCACAGUCGAAGUACUGGAUCUGACGGAGGGUGAAGCGGGAGAGGAGAGCUUUGCGUAGAAUGCA